AUGUCGGUGGUUUGCUGCAAUGGUAUACCAAAGUUCAUACACUUGGCUAUUAAUUUGGGUGAGGAUCCAUAUCCCAAACCACUGAGUCCCAGCUCCACCAACGCCACCAGUGACGCCAUCCACCAACGGCGGCGAAACCUCUCUCGGCCAGAUGUUGCAGUUUUUUGA